AUGCACACCUUAAAUUUGGGGCUACUAUUUGCAUCGAACGGAUCGUCACUGAAAAUGCUCUGCCAGGAACUUCUGUGGUGGGGGCCGGGAGAUUUUCAAUCGCAGCUUGAUUCAGCCUAUGGAGCCUUCAAAGCAUACUGCCGUGCUCGCAAGAUUGCGCACAGCCAGCCGGCUUUCACAGUGAAGCUAGUGGAGAAAAAGAGCAAAGAGGUGCUGAUGACCUGCAAGGCUUUCAACGGAAGACUUGUUCUUUCGUGGUUGGCAUUUGAACUACAAACUGCAGCUGGUCAACCUCGCUUUGCUGACAACGAGCGCCUCACAUGCCUCGAAAGCUCUGCGGCCUCGCUGCUGGACCUCUUCCGCGAGCGUGUGGACUACACCGUCGAGGCGUCGGCGGAACGGACCAGCGCCUCGCCGCUGCGGGGCGACCUGCGACAGUUGGCCGAGCACGUGGCCGGGUACCUGGACAACGACGGAAAGAAGGCCGUCAAUGCCAUCAUCUCUGGCACCGUGGACGAUGUGCUGGCGCAGCAUGGCGAUGAGGAGCUGUUUGCCGAGCAGGAGGAAGAGAAGGAGCCCAGCGCCAGUCGGAGGGCUCAGGUGGUCGUGACGUCGUGUGUUGCCUGGACCUGCAGCGAAGGGGAGCGGACGCGACUGGGCAAGCAGUUGGCAAAAACUGCCACGUCCAGAGCCACAAAGCUCCUGGCCCUUGGACCUCUUGCGCUGCUCGGCGGGAGCGUGUCGACGGGUCUGAGACGCUUGGAAGGAGGGAAGCCGCCCAGCUACAGCGACCUGGGUGGUCGAGGGCGACACUUUCGACCGGCGAAGGCCGGUCCGCAGGUUGCGGUGCAGACCGCAUUGGCAGAGCCGGUGCAAGAGUCAUGGCGCGAGGAAUGUUUUCCCUAUGCCACAGACAGGCGAUGGCCCUGGGAUCCAGCCGUGGACUUGAGACGGCUUUGGGCCUCGCAGAACUUCCACCGGGGCGAAGAGGUGCAGCGGCUGCGAGCACCGGUGGCGGUGCUCGAGUGGACUCCACAGGAGCCCCUGGAGCCCGAAUCUAGCUUGACCGUGAAUGGGGUCGGUCAACCGGUUGGCGUGUCUCCGCAGAAGAGUCGCUGGGGCGGCAAGCGAAUCCCCGCGACGUCGGGCGACCGCGGGCCCUGGAGCUUCAUGGGUUGGUUGGAAAGGCAGGCGAGUAUCUCUCCACGAGAGGUGAAGGCGACCGACAGUCGUGGUUGUGGUAGCACUCUAACGAUCCUGUACUUUCACUACAAGGGAGUCAAGGCGCUCUUGACCUCCCUCGGAGUGGCUCCCACGCCGGAACUCGAGACAGCCGAUGAUCCGGGGCCCUCAGAGGUAGAUUUGGUGCUGCAUGCGAUUGUGGAGCGCCCGGGGGAUGACCCGGCCAUGGUGGUUUUCGGGCUCAAGGAGGUGUCUCCAGAGGCCCGUGCCUUGCGGCGCUGCGAUGCCGUGGAGGCCGAGCCUGGCCGCUUCUAUGCACUCUUGAGCUUGGGAGAAGCCGAAGGCGUUCGCGCCUUAAUGCAUCGGCGGCCCCUGCCCUGCCACGCUGCCUUGAGACUUCUCCGACGAGAGCCCUUAGGGCUGACGGUGCUGGAUGCCACGAAGGGCUAUGAGGCACAGCGAAAGAUGGCGCACGAAACGGGGCAGUGCCGGACAGAGCAUGAGAGGUCAGACCUUUGUAUCCAUGAGAGGGCAUUGCAGGUGGUUUUGUGA